AUGGACGAAGAGAAGAGAAAAAGGAGAGGGGGUGGAGGUGGGGGAGUGGAGGCGUGGAGGGCAGCGGCAGGAUCAGGAAGGGGAGGGCGAGCGGGACCAGCCGCGGUGUCGGCGAGGGGCGUCGAGGUCCUCGCCGCCCCCGAGAAGCCGUACCUCGAGGGCCGCGCCCGUCGGGCCUCCGCUUCUCCCGGCCCGGGGGUCGCGUCCCGGCCGCCCCUCUCACUCGUCCCUCCGGCCCUGGUGGCGGUGAGGGAGCCCGGCCCGGGCGGCUGUCUGCCGGGAACUGAGGGACGAGGUGGCGGCGGCUCUCACAGGCACCGCGAGAGGAGGGCUACCCUGGCUACUGUGGGGAUUAGCACCCGCCGCGGCCGCGAACUGGCCUCCAUCACCGCCGACCUGCCCCGGUCGCCAUGUUGGGAGGAAACGACGCGUCACGCAGCGGCCGAACGGCUGCAGAGGAGGAAGCAGCAGCGGCGGCGGCGGCGGCGCUGCCUGCCCAGAGCUGCCGCGGCGCCGGGAGGCUGGGGGCGGAGGGCGGUGCAGGAGGAGCGGCCCGAGCCGCAGCGCUACGGCGGCCCGGCGGGGCCUCCAGCGUUCGCUUGCAAGGCGGCGUGGGGCGUGGCGGGCGUGUGGUGGCACCGCGCCCAGCACUUGGAGCUCUUGGUGGCGGCCGAGCUGCAGGACUAGAGAUUCCCCCCACUCGGCACCCCUGCUCCUGCCGAGUGAACAGUACUCCUGGCUACUCUGUACCGGCUUUCUAACUUUCUGAUGGGGGUUCAGUCCUUUGCAUUCCAGGGGUCACAGGAACACCCGCAUCGCCCGUUUUCAGCCGCACUGGGUCUCUGCCUGCAUCACUCGACUCUAAAAUUUCCUUCCCCAGCGCACGGAACUGCUAUCCAGGACUGUGCUCUCCGACUACCUCAGGGAGGAUUCUGUUUUGGGAAAAGUGUUGAUCCAUUUCUAAUUCAUCUUUGUUUCUUCAUAAUGGAGUGUUGUGCCAGGUACUGUUGAGGGUACUAGCUGAUCACCAAACCCAUUUACUCUUCUUUCUUAGUAUAGAAUUGCAUUGUCCAGCCUCCCUUGAAGUUAGGUAUAGCCAUCUAGCCUUAACCUAUUGUUAAAAAACCAACAAGAAACUCCCACAAGCAAUCUUUCAUGCUGUUUCCCUUCUUUUUUUUUUUUUUUUUUCUUUUGGUAGAGAUGGCAUCUCACCAUGUGAACUCCUGGCCUCAAGCGAUCCUCCUGCCUCAGCCUCCCAGUGCUGAGAUGACAGGCAUAAGCCACCAUACCCAGUCUCUCUUUUCCCUUCUAUGGUCACAUGCUGAAGAUGACAGAAACACAAGUUAGGAGUCUUAGUUCCUGAAUUGGAACUCUUGGAGAAGAACCAUCUAGAAUAACUAUUUUGGACUUUACAUGAACGAAGCAGACUCUUCGGUUAUGUUUAGCUGUCAGCUUUAUCGUAACAGCAUACUUGGGAUUCACUGAUGAACAAGACAAGCUGGCACCUGUAGUCCCAGCACUUUGGGAGGCCAAGGCAGGAGAAUGGCUUGAGGCCAGGAUUUCCAGAUGAAACUGGGCAACACAGCAAGACACUGUCUUUACAAAAAAUAAAGAAAAAUUAGCCAGGCACGGUGGCAUCCACCUGUAGUUGCAGCUGCUCAGGAGACUGAGGAGGAAGGAUCGCUUGAGCUCAGGAGUUCGAGGCUGCAGUGAACUAUGAUAUGGUAGUGCCACAGCAUUCGUAAACAUCUCGUCUGCUUGCUUUGCUUGUUGAUUGGUUGCAUGUUUCUCUCAUAAGUGCAGGGACCUCGGUAUCUCUGUCUAUUCCCUUCUAUGCGCCCAUCAUCUAUUAUAUUGCUGGCAUAGAGAAGGCCUUUGCUAUAAACUUAUAGAAACUUGGAUAAAUGAAAGGCACCAGGCUAAGACAAGCAUGAUACCUGCCCUUUUGGACCUUACAGUAUAGAGUAGGGAAAAGAUAUUAAGUCAGUAGUGAAUAUACAAUUACAAAUCUGUUAAGUAUGAUUAAAGAAUAGAGUGCUGUGAGGGAAGGUGGAAGUAAAUUAAAUUGAGACCUGAAAGAAGAGUAGACAUUAGCCAAACUAAGUCAUGAAGAACUUUCCAGGCAAAGUCUCUUGGGGUAAGGGGAAGCUUGGCAAGUUUCAGGAAACAAAACAAGGCAGUGUGGCUGAAAGGAUCAAGGGGAAUGGUGCCAGUCAGGAUGAAGAGGGAGCUAGGAACCAGAUCAUUCAGAAUCUCGUAGGCCAUGUUAGGGGGUUGCAAUUUCAUCCUAAUAGCAAUGGAAAUUCAUUGAAAGGUUUUAAAAGUGGGGGAUAAAGUGAUCAAAUUGGUGAUUUUUAAAUAAUCCCUCUGUUACAUGGAGAAUGGAUUGGAGGGGGACAAGUGAGGAUGUGGCAAAACAUUUUAAGAAAUUUAUUACAACAGUGCAGGAUGGCUUGGUCAGGUCCAGGGCCACCAGGCAAGGUUGUGGAGAUCAUGGCACAAGGGAGCAAGUGUGGCUGAAAUCCAGCCCCACUAUCUGCCCAAAAGAAGAGGCUUCUUUCUCUAAUUUGCAUAAAGGUUAGCCCAGAAAUGACAGUGGUAGCAUGGAGAUGGAGCAAAGUAGACAGAUUUGGGAUAUACUUUGGUGGCAGAAUAAACCGGACUUAAUUAACUGGAGUGCAGGUUAGAGAGAGAAAGAGGUCACAAAUGAAUACCAGGUUUCUGCUGGGAACCAGUGAACAAUUGGAAAUGCCAUUUGUAGAGAUAGGCUAGAUGGAAUAUUUGAGGGUAAAGAGUGUAGUUGUCAGUUUCAGAAGAAUAAACUCUGAGAUAUGACCUAACCCUCCCAGAAGGAAUGAUUUGCAUCUUCUUUGAGAGGCCAACUCAUCCUCUUCCCUUGCUGGGUUUACCCAAAAAGUGGUGGUGCUUCAGGGUGGAGGAGGGUGGGAGUAGUCUUAGAAGAUGGACACUCCUAUCCACUUGAAACUCAAGAUACUAACUCAGACCUGUAGCAAAAAUAGAGUAAGACUCUAGAAUAAAGCUGAUGCUCUUGGAUAUUUUCAAUCUUUUAUUGACAGGUACACAGGGACUGGCAGAGGAGAUUUUUACAUGAAAUUAUGAGUACAGGCCAGGCACAGUGGCUCAUUCCUGUAAACCUAGCACUUUGGGGAGGCUGAGGUGGGUGGAUCACCUGAGGUCAGGAGUUCAAGACCAGCCUGGCCAACAUGGUAAAACCCUGUUUCUACUAAAAAUACAAAAUUAGGUGGGCGUGGUGGCAGGUGCCUGUAAUCCCAGCUACUCAGGAGGCUGAGAUAGGAGAAUUGCUUGAACCCAGGAGGCGGAGAUUGCAGUGAGCCAAGAUCAUGCUGCUGCACUCCAGCCAGAGCAACAGAGUGAGACUCGAUCUCAAUU